AUGGCUAAAGCUCACAAGCACAUGGACAUGAAGGAUGCCCGAGCUUAUAAGGCAGCAUCCUGGGUGGCCGAAGCAUCCACGAUAGCAGCACCAGUACCGACACCAGUAGCCAUGGCAACAACACCCGCACCUAUCCCGCCGACAUCUAUAGCAGCCCUGGCAGCAGUGCCGACACCAGAUCCAACUAGAGGCCCCCUAAAAGCUGGACAUCAGCAAAGACCUGUUGCACCACUUCAACCACAUCCAGUUGUUACUAGCACACCUGGAAUUUCAGCAUCACCUUUGCUAGCAGAUUGCACCAGUCAAGACAGGAACCAGGCUAAUGUACCAGCAACAUCUGAAACAAGUACAACAGAACAGCCUAUGGAUCGCCUAAUUAAAGUGGUGGACAUAUCCUCCAGAGAAGCCGACAGGGGAGCUGGAGUGGUCCUGCGUAGCCCAGGCAGGUUGAUGCAUGAGCAAUCCAUUACUUUUUCAUUCUCGGUCUUGAAAAAUGAGGCCAAAUAUAAAGCUCUCCUGGCUGGUCUUCGAGCAGCCCUAGCGCUAAAAGUUAAGCGCCUCUACAUAUUAGUUGACUCCCAGCUUAUCGCCCAUCAUGUGAAUGGGCAAUACACGAUAAAAGAUCCAAGAAUGGUCAUGUACCUAAAAGUGGCUAAGGAGCUAUUAGCCAACUUCAAGGACUUCAAGAUAGCCUAA